GAGCUCCCCGGCGCCCGCGGGCCCGAAGUUUGGUUGGGCCGUCGCCGCCCCCCCCCCGGCGGGAGGGUCUCUGAAACGUCAUGUGAUUCAUCAAGUUUAAAGUCAGAAGUGGAUCUGGAGCUGUGGAAACCUUGGGAGUAAAAGCGACUGAACCCGUUGAUAUUCCCUGUCAUCAUUUUAUACGUCUCAAGCGGAAAGAUGGCAAAGCCCUGCUGGAACGAAGAAAUGACCUGUAACAGCCCAGAAGAACUCAAAACUUCAGUUCCUUCAGAGGUUAAUAAAGAUGAAGAAUUUGCAGAGGAGCACAACAGAUUAAAAACUUUUGCUAAUUUUCCAAGUAAUAGCCCCGUUUCUUCGUCAACUCUGGCCCGGGCUGGCUUCCUCUACACGGGCGAAGGAGAUGUCGUGCGAUGCUUCAGUUGUCGUAUAGCCGUAGAUAGGUGGCAAUAUGGUGACUCUGCAAUUGGGAGGCACCGAAAAAUUUCCCCCAACUGCAGGUUUGUCAAUGGAUGUCAUUUUAAGAACGAUACUCCGCCUUUAGCAAACGCGGGUCUCCAAAACGGUCAGCUCGGUCGAGGGGAAGACUGCCCAGGAAAUCCAGCUCACCACGCUUUGGGCAGAUCGUCCGAAACUCAUCAGGACUACCUUUUGAGAACGAGGCAGGUUGUCGACCUGUCGGAAACGGUAUUCCCGAAGAACCCUGCCAUGUGCAGCGAAGAAGCCCGACUAGAGACGUUUCAGAAUUGGCCCGAAUAUACCCUGUUAGCCCCAGGGCAGUUAGCUAGAGCUGGACUGUACUACUCAGGUAUCGACGAUCAAGUAGAAUGCUUCUGUUGUGGUGGAAAGUUGAAAAACUGGGAGCCGUGUGACCGUCCGUGGUCGGAGCACAAACGGCAUUUCCCGAAGUGUCUUUUUGUCUUGGGCCGGGAUGUUGGAAACAUUGAAAUUGAAUCUGAUAGCAUCGCUUCCGAGAGGAGUUACUCACAUUCAACUCAUCUCCCGAGGAAUCCGGCCAUGGCAGAGUUUGAAGCCCGGAUCCACACUUUUGAGAGCUGGGCAUACUCCGUUGACAAGGAGCUGCUUGCAAGAGCAGGAUUUUAUACACUAGGUGAGCAAGAUAAGGUUAUUUGCUUUCAUUGUGGAGGAGGGUUAACUGAUUGGAAGCCAAAUGAAGACCCUUGGGAGCAACAUGCUAAAUGGUUUCCAGGAUGCAAGUACCUUGUUGAGCAGAAGGGACAAGAGUUUAUUAACAAUGUUCACUUGAGUCAGUCUCUUGAAGAUUCUGUGUUAGGAGCUGAUGAGACACCGCCACCAUUGACUAAAGAGAUUAGUCCUGAAGAGGAGCUAAGACGUUUGCAAGAGGAAAAGCUUUGCAAAAUCUGCAUGGAUAAAAAUAUUGCUGUAGUUUUUCUUCCCUGCGGACAUCUGGUUGCUUGCAAAGAAUGUGGCGAAGCGGUGGGCAAGUGUCCGGUGUGCUGCACUAUCAUUAACUACCGGCAGAAAAUUUUUAUGUCUUAGGAGGUGUUGGGGAGAUGUGUUCUAGUUAUCCAGCUUGAAUCUGUAAAUCAGAAGCAGCACGGCUUGGUGGAAAGAGCAUAAAUCUGGGAGUCAGAGG